UAUGUGUGUUAGUGGUGGUGGAUUCUAUGAUGAAAGCAAUAAUGGCAAUAAGAGUGGGUAAUGGAUUGAUUUGGAUGAUAAAUUUAAUCCCAAAAAAUAGGUAUAUUAUAAGGGAGAGUAUUAAAAUGGUAAAAAAGUUGGUUACUGGGAAAAUUUUUUUAGAAGAUAAUCUGAAUCGUUUUAAAAAUGGUAAAAUCUAUUUUAUAAAGUCUUGAAUUAAUUCAAAAAUUUGCGUGAUAGUGGUGGUGGAUCAUACGAUGAAAAAGGAAUAAAAUUUGGGUAUUGGAUUGACUUUCCUGAAGGAUUUAGUUGGAGUAAAAUUUAUGAAGGUGAAUAUCAAAAUGGUAAAAAAGUAGGUAGAUGGAGUGAGCAUAGAAAAAAAAUUAUGUAAAAAUUUAAGUUAAAACUGGCAUAAAUUGUGCUUAUGUGUAUUUAGUGGUGGAUUAUAUAAAGAAGGAAAUGAUGAAAUUAAGGUUGGUGAGUGGAUUGAAUUACAUAAGGAAUUUGAAAAUAAAGCCGAAGUAACCUAUAGGGGUGAAUAUAAAAACGGGAAAAAAGUAGGUAAAUGGGAUAUUAUUGAAGAUGAUUUUGAAAAUGGUAUAGAACUAAUGUAAAAUAUAUUAUUGAAAAGUCCUUAAUUAAUAAAAUA